AUGACCACCCACGUCACGCUAGAGGACGCCCUGUCCAACGUGGACUUGCUGGAGGAGCUGCCCCUGCCCGACCAGCAGCCAUGCAUCGAGCCGCCCCCUUCCUCCAUCAUGUACCAGGCUAAUUUUGACACAAACUUUGAAGACAGAAAUGCCUUUGUGACCGGCAUAGCCAGGUACAUCGAGCAGGCGACGGUGCACUCCAGCAUGAACGAAAUGCUGGAGGAAGGCCAUGAGUACGCCGUGAUGCUUUACACGUGGAGGAGCUGCUCACGAGCCAUCCCCCAGGUGAAAUGUAAUGAGCAGCCAAACCGAGUGGAGAUUUAUGAGAAGACAGUGGAAGUCCUGGAGCCAGAAGUCACCAAGCUUAUGAAGUUCAUGUAUUUUCAGCGCAAGGCAAUCGAGCGGUUCUGCAGCGAGGUGAAGCGCCUGUGCCACGCUGAGCGGAGGAAGGACUUCGUCUCUGAGGCCUAUCUCCUCACGCUGGGCAAGUUCAUUAACAUGUUCGCUGUCCUGGAUGAGCUGAAGAACAUGAAGUGCAGCGUCAAAAACGACCACUCUGCCUACAAAAGAGCUGCCCAGUUUCUGCGGAAGAUGGCAGACCCCCAGUCCAUCCAGGAGUCCCAGAACCUCUCCAUGUUCCUGGCAAACCACAACCGCAUCACGCAGUGUCUGCACCAACAACUAGAGGUCAUCCCUGGCUACGAGGAAUUGCUUGCUGAUAUUGUCAACAUCUGUGUGGAUUACUAUGAAAACAAGAUGUAUCUCACGCCCAGUGAAAAACACAUGCUUUUAAAGGUGAUGGGGUUUGGCCUGUAUCUCAUGGAUGGGAACGUCAGCAACAUUUACAAACUGGACGCCAAGAAGAGAAUCAACCUUAGCAAAAUAGACAAAUUCUUCAAGCAGCUGCAGGUGGUUCCUUUAUUCGGCGAUAUGCAGAUAGAACUGGCCAGAUACAUUAAGACCAGUGCUCACUAUGAGGAGAACAAAUCCAAGUGGACAUGCACUCAGAGCAGCAUAAGUCCCCAAUACAACAUCUGCGAGCAGAUGGUGCAGAUCCGGGACGACCACAUCCGCUUCAUCUCGGAGCUCGCCCGCUACAGCAACAGCGAGGUCGUCACCGGCUCAGGGCUGGACAGCCAGAAGUCAGAUGAAGAGUACAGGGAGCUUUUUGAUCUCGCUUUACGGGGGCUGCAGCUGCUGUCCAAAUGGAGUGCCCAUGUCAUGGAAGUGUACUCUUGGAAGCUGGUUCAUCCCACAGAUAAGUUUUGCAACAAGGAUUGCCCAGGAACAGCAGAAGAGUAUGAAAGAGCCACCCGGUACAACUACACCAGUGAAGAGAAGUUUGCCUUUGUGGAGGUAAUUGCCAUGAUCAAAGGUCUGCAAGUGUUGAUGGGCCGGAUGGAGAGUGUCUUUAACCAAGCCAUCCGCAACACCAUCUAUGCGGCCCUACAGGACUUUGCCCAGGUGACCCUGCGAGAGCCGCUCAGGCAGGCAGUCAGGAAGAAGAAGAACGUCCUGAUCAGUGUUCUGCAAGCAAUUCGGAAGACGAUUUGUGACUGGGAGGGAGGUCGAGAGCCACCAAAUGAUCCUUGCCUGAGAGGUGAGAAGGAUCCUAAAGGUGGAUUUGAUAUUAAAGUCCCACGAAGAGCAGUAGGACCAUCAAGUACGCAGCUCUACAUGGUGCGGACCAUGCUGGAGUCCCUCAUAGCAGACAAGAGUGGCUCAAAGAAGACUCUGAGGAGCAGCUUGGAUGGACCGAUAGUCUUGGCCAUUGAGGAGUUCCACAAGCAGUCCUUCUUCUUCACCCACCUUCUCAACAUCAGUGAAGCGCUGCAGCAGUGCUGCGACCUGUCCCAGCUGUGGUUCCGGGAGUUCUUCCUGGAGCUGACCAUGGGCCGCCGCAUCCAGUUCCCCAUCGAAAUGUCCAUGCCUUGGAUUCUCACGGACCAUAUUCUGGAAACCAAAGAGCCCUCCAUGAUGGAGUAUGUACUGUACCCCUUGGACCUCUAUAAUGACAGCGCAUACUAUGCCUUGACCAAGUUCAAAAAGCAGUUCCUGUAUGAUGAAAUUGAAGCUGAAGUGAAUUUGUGCUUUGAUCAAUUUGUGUACAAGCUGGCAGAUCAGAUCUUUGCCUAUUAUAAAGCAAUGGCUGGCAGUGUUUUAUUGGACAAACGUUUCCGGGCCGAGUGUAAGAAUUACGGGGUGAUCAUUCCAUACCCACCAUCCAACCGCUACGAGACACUGCUCAAGCAGAGGCACGUCCAGUUGCUGGGUAGGUCAAUCGACCUGAACAGGCUCAUAACCCAGCGUAUCUCAGCAGCGAUGUACAAAUCAUUAGACCAGGCCAUUAGCCGCUUCGAGAGUGAGGACCUGACAUCCAUAGUGGAGCUGGAGUGGCUGUUGGAAAUAAAUCGCCUGACUCACAGGUUGCUGUGCAAGCACAUGACUUUGGACAGCUUUGAUGCCAUGUUCCGGGAGGCCAACCACAACGUCUCCGCACCCUACGGGCGCAUCACCCUGCAUGUCUUCUGGGAGCUCAACUUUGACUUUCUACCCAACUACUGCUACAAUGGAUCUACCAACAGGUUUGUGAGGACGGCAAUCCCCUUCACACAGGAACCCCAGCGGGACAAACCAGCCAACGUUCAACCCUAUUACCUCUAUGGAUCCAAGCCUCUCAACAUUGCCUACAGUCACAUCUACAGCUCCUACCGCAAUUUCGUGGGGCCGCCUCAUUUCAAGACGAUCUGCAGGCUUCUUGGCUAUCAAGGGAUCGCGGUGGUCAUGGAGGAGCUGUUGAAGAUCGUCAAGAGCCUGCUGCAAGGCACCAUCCUGCAGUACGUGAAGACUCUGAUAGAAGUAAUGCCCAAGAUAUGCCGCUUGCCAAGACACGAAUACGGCUCUCCAGGAAUCCUGGAGUUUUUCCACCACCAGCUGAAGGACAUCAUUGAGUACGCAGAGCUGAAGACUGAUGUGUUCCAGAGCCUCAGAGAAGUGGGCAAUGCCAUUCUCUUCUGCCUCCUUAUUGAGCAGGCUUUGUCCCAGGAAGAAGUUUGUGAUUUGCUGCAUGCUGCUCCCUUCCAAAAUAUUUUGCCCAGGGUCUACAUCAAAGAAGGAGAACGCUUGGAGGUGCGCAUGAAGCGUCUCGAAGCCAAGUAUGCCCCACUUCACCUGGUUCCCUUAAUAGAGAGGCUGGGCACUCCGCAGCAAAUAGCUAUCGCCCGGGAAGGUGACUUGCUGACCAAGGAGCGGCUGUGCUGCGGGUUGUCCAUGUUCGAGGUGAUCCUGACGCGAAUUAGGAGCUACCUGCAGGACCCGAUCUGGCGCGGACCCCCCCCGACAAACGGGGUCAUGCACGUGGACGAAUGCGUGGAGUUUCACCGCCUCUGGAGCGCGAUGCAGUUUGUGUACUGCAUCCCCGUGGGCACGAAUGAGUUCACUGCAGAGCAGUGCUUUGGAGAUGGUCUGAACUGGGCAGGUUGCUCUAUCAUUGUUCUCCUUGGACAACAACGGCGCUUUGACCUCUUUGACUUCUGCUACCACCUGCUGAAGGUGCAGAGGCAGGAUGGGAAGGAUGAAAUCAUAAAAAACGUGCCCUUGAAAAAGAUGGCCGACAGGAUCAGGAAGUAUCAGAUCCUGAACAAUGAGAUUUUUGCCAUCCUGAACAAGUACAUGAAGUCAGUGGAGACAGACAGUUCCACGGUGGAGCACGUGCGCUGCUUCCAGCCCCCCAUCCACCAGUCGCUGGCCACCACCUGCUAG